AUGAGACAACAAGAUCAAAUAAGAAUAACCCAAUUGCAAUCGCAAUUGGAAUUGCAAUCACAACCACAACCACGAGCACAAGCACAACCACGAGCACAGCCACCACUGCCACUGCCCAAUGGUGCCGGCUCCAUAAAGGUUGUUUCCGGAUCAGGCUUUCGAUACCUGGUCCCUUUUCCAUACAAACUGCAUCAGAUGCUGGAAGAGACGGAAGCCAAGGACCCCAUGGCUUCUAACAUUGUCUCGUGGUUACCCGAUGGCUUGCAUUUCAAAGUGCAUGACUCGGUUGCCUUUAUGGAAAAGAUUGUCCCGCAAUUCUUCAAGCAAAAGUCGUACAAGUCCUUUCAGAGGCAGUUGCACAUUUAUGGCUUCAAACGGAUCCUCAAGGGUCCUUUGCAGGGUGCCUUUCAUCACCCAAAGUUCAUCAAGGGGAAUCGGCAACUGACCCAUGAUAUCGAUCGGAUAAAGGCACCGGUGGCACGGAAAAAUGCGAAGCCUGCAAUCACCAGCAAAAGCAGCAGCAGGAAAGAAAUGGGUCAAAGUUCAGAAGAACCCUGGUCGUCUGUUCCAAAGGCAGCUACUGGUCCUAUGGGUCAUCGUACUACUAGCAGUAGUACCAGCACUACCACUGCAAGUAGUACUACGUCCUCACCGGAUACACUGGAAUGGUUGGUAACCAACACUGGGUUUCAGUUCUCCGACCUGGAACCAUCCAAGAUUGCCCAACCAGAGGAGCCUACUACGACUCUUCCGACACCAGUCUUUUCGCAAGCCUUACUUUCACAGGCCGAUCAAAUAUUGACACUUUUUGCGGAUUCUCCUCCACAAGAUGCACCAUCAUCCUUAUCAUCGUUCUUGAUGAUGAUGAAAGAACAAGAUGAAUCCUUGUCAAGAACAACAACAAGCAAGAGUGACUUGAACAUGCAGCAGCAACAACAACAACAACAGCUUUUUGCUCCAUCCUUGUUGACGAAACAAUUCAUGUCCUCGUCCCAGCAGGAUUCGGCCUUCUAUCCAAAACCACUACCACCACAGAGCUGGACUUGUACUACCUCACUCUCGAGAGCUAGCAACAAGUUUGAACCACCACAGGUUUAUGAUCACGUACAUGAACCACCCUCUUCCUCCAACUCUUCUAUCUGCAGUAUACCAACUGGGAUUGAAGAGGCAACCUUUCCCUCUUUGCAUUUUGAGUCAGUAUAA